AUGGAGAACGAGAAGCUCCUAGACAAGUUGUAUUACGCCAUCAAACAGGGAGGAAGUCUAGCAAGUUUGGAUGCUUUGUACCAUGCUGCCAAAAGGGAAAACAAGAAAAUCAGUAAAAGAGAGGUCAAGGAAUGGRUAAGAACCCAGAGAGUCUACAGCCUGCACAGGCCAGUAACAAGACAUUUUAGGAGGAAUCGAGUCUAUGCCAAAUCCAUUGAUUCACUAUGGGAACUUGAUUUAAUCGACCUUCAAUCCCUUAAAAAGUAUAACAAAAACUACAGAUAUCUAGUCACUUGCAUUMAUGUCCUCUCCAAGCAUGCAUGGGUGCUUGCCUUAAAGGAUAAGACGGCCGACUCUCUGUUGAAAGCGUUCCAAAACAUUUUAAAACAAUCAGACCGUCAACCGAAAAAAAUUCACACAGAUCGCGGUAGUGAGUUUAUCAACAGAAAAUUCCAAUCUUUUUUAAAAGAGAAAGGUAUCGGAUUCUAUCACACGUUCAAUGACACCAAAGCCAGCAUAGUAGAGAGGUUUAACAGAACCUUAAAGKAGAGAAUGUACCGCUAUUWUACUCUGAAAGGAACAUGGAAAUACAUUGAUGUUUUACAAGACUUUGUGGACUCCUACAACAAUUCCUAUCAUCGAAGUAUUAAAAGAACGCCAGAUUCUGUAAAUUCUAAAAACGAAGACCAAGUGUGGUUAACACUUUAUGGAAAACAGCCUCCCAAGAGAGGAUAUGCUUUUGACAUUGACGAUCAAGUUCGCAUUUCCAAAGCCAAAAAACUGUUCGACAAGMGCUAUCUUCCCAACUGGAGCGAGGAAAUUUUUACCAUUUCAAAGAGAAUUCCAAGGAACCCUCCCGUUUACAAGUUAAAAGAAUUUGAUGGAGAAGAAUUAGAGGGGACGUUUUAUGAACAAGAGUUACAGC